GUAUUUUGUAUGUUUAUAAAAAUAAUAUUCAGAAAUUAAGAAAAAUUAACCAUGAACGGUAAAAGUGAUGGCACAGUUAAAGAAGAAACGGAUAAAAAAAAGAAAAAAUCUAGAGAAUUCGAUCAGGAUAAUGGAUUUAAUGAGUGGGGUGGUUAUAUGGCAGCUAAAAGGGCCAAACUUCUGAACCAGUUUGAGGGAUCCAACAUUACAAAACUAUCCAAUAUAUUUGAAGGAGUAUCUAUCCAUGUGAAUGGUUUAACUAGACCUCCAAUUGAUGAUCUAAAGAACUUAAUGGCAGCACAUGGGGGAGUUUUCCACAUGUACCAAGUUUCUAGCACUACCCAUAUUAUAGCUUCCAAUUUACCAAAUGUCAAAAUUAAACAUCUUGGUACUACCCCCAUAGUGAAACCAGCGUGGAUAACAGAUAGUAUAGACUUUGGAAAACUGUUAGAUUACCGUAGAUAUCUUCUAUAUAACAAUCAAAGCAAAUCACAGCCAAAAAUAGGUUUUCCUGUCAUAGAAAAAAUGUCACCAUCUACAUCAAUAUCUGAAAACGAUUCUGUAAACAUUGAAAGCAAUACAGUAUUUGCAGAAACUUCUUCUGUAGUAAUACAGAAUUCAACAGCUCAUGUUAAAUCUGAAAAAUUAUCUUUGUCCAAUCAGAUUAACAGAUUUCCAACAAAAACAGCUUCAGAUCCUAACUUUCUUGAGGAGUUUUAUAACAAUUCCAGACUGCAUUUGAUAUCAACUUUAGGUGCAGAAUUCAAACAUUUGGUUGGUCAAAUGAGGGAAUCCUCAGAUGGAAAGUUUCCUGGUUUAGAAAAACUAAUCUCAUGUAAAGUUUCAGAAGGUGCAAUUAUAAUUCCCUCCACAGUAAUAAUGCACAUUGACAUGGAUUGUUUCUUCGUUUCUGUGUCACUUCGCAAUCACCCAGAAUUAAAAGGAAAGCCUGUAGCUAUCACCCAUGCUCGAAAUGGUCAGCUAUCCAACGUAAGGCCAGAUCAAAAAUCUGCUCGAGAACAAGAAUUUUCGUUGUACUCAGAGAGACUGCCAGUAGGUGUCACUUCGCGGGUGGACCAAAUAGAUACCCAGUCCAGCAUGUCAGAGAUAGCCAGCUGCAGUUAUGAGGCCAGAAAGUUUGGUAUUAAGAAUGGUACGUUUUUGGGGCAGGCUAUUAAAAUGUGUCCUGAAUUAAAGACAUUACCAUAUGAUUUUGAGGGCAUCAAAGAAGUAUCUCAUACUUUGUACAAAACCGUAGCUUCUUAUACUUUGGACAUAGAAGCAGUAAGUUGCGAUGAAAUGUACGUGGAUGUGACUAAAAUUCUAAGGAAAACAGGACUGACAGUGGAAGAAUGGGCGUCAUUCAUCAGAAAUGAAAUUAGGACUAUUACAGGCUGCCCUUGUUCAACAGGAUUCGGAACAAAUCGACUGCAAGCCAGACUAGCGACUAGAAAAGCCAAACCUGAGGGACAGUUUUAUUUGAAACCAGAAGAGGUAGAAAACCAUAUGGUAGAGUUGCCCUUGUCCGAUCUACCGGGAGUAGGUAGAGCUACCCUAGCGAAGCUACAAAAACUAGGACUAUUUACAUGUGGUGAUGUGCAGCUUACGUCACUAAAAGUUCUCCAGAACGAAAUAGGCCAAAAAGCAGGCGAAACUAUAAAAGAACAGUCAAUAGGAGUUGACAGCAAAGCGUUGAACUUUUACCACGAGAGAAAAUCGGUAUCUGCAGAUGUAAAUUAUGGAAUUAGGUUCAAAACAUUACAGGAGUGUCAUACGUUUCUCGAAAAUCUCUCUGCAGAAGUGUACAAUAGAAUGAACGAAAUUAAUAUGAGAGCCAGGUGUUUGACUUUAAAAUUGUUGGUGAGAGCUCCAGAAGCCCCGGUGGAAACAGCCAAGUUCCUUGGUCACGGAAUCUGUGACAGUCUGACCAAGAGUACCACCUCAAAUUCCAUUUUAAACAGUCCACAGAUCAUCUUUAAGGAAGCCAAAAUCUUAUACGAAAAGCUAGGAGCUGAUUUUGCCGAUUUAAGAGGUGUAGGACUUCAGUUAACAAAAUUAGAAAAGAAUGCCCCAAUUAAUAAAGCCCUGACCAACUUUUUAAAACAGCACAACCAAAUUAAAAUAACAGAAAAAGCUUCGACUACUAGCAAAGAUGUUGAAAAGGAUUCGUUAUUACCCUUGGAGCAACAAGAGAAAAAACCAAAGAUUGUUGCAGCUACUACUGUGAAGCAAAAAGAAACUCCAAACGCGUCUAUAGGUUCUAGAAGGGGUAGACCAAGAGGAGGUAAAAAUAACACUACCAGAAAAGUAGGACCGAAGUCUUCAAAUGUAAUGACUGUAAAUCAGUAUUUUGGGCACGCUAAAAGUUCCGAGAGCAAAUCUAAAUUAAAGCAGAAUCCACAUAAUAUAGAUAUGCAGGUUUUUAAUCAACUUCCAGAAAAUCUAAAACAAGAGAUUAUUAGAGAAUAUCAUCUAGAGGAACAAGUGACUCUUUCACAAGAAAAUUCAGUUCCGAAUUGUCAGCAAAAUACUCUAAUCCAAGAUGCCAAGCCAGAGAUACCAGAGAGAAAGACAAAAAGUUCGUCUCAAGAGUCCGUGGAACAAGAAUCUUCAAAGAAAUCCCCAUUCAGCAAUUUAUCUUGGGAUCAAAUAAAACCUAUAAUAAAAAAAUGGACGUCAUCCGAAGAGAGUCCCUGUGACUUCGACACUGAAAUGCUUGCGGAGCACUUCAAACAAUUAGCCGUUAACAGGAAAAUAGAAGUAUUGAUGAGUGUCUUCAAUUUUUUACAUAGAGUUUUUUCCGAGUUGAAUUGCAGCUGGCAUAAUUCUUACUUCAAGAUGGUGAAUAUAACCCAAGAAGGAAUGGUUGCUCGAUAUGGCCGCACUUUAUUAGUGAAAAGGAAAUUUAAUUGUUGUGGGAUGUAAACCAUCUACUGCUUGAAAUGGCGUAUAGUGAAAAAAAGAAGAAAAUUUGUACUACCUUAAAAUAAACUGUGAUAUAUGUAUUAAAAUUUGAUUACCAUUUUUUAUUAAUAAAAUCUGUUAACACGUU